CCGGUCAAGAACGACAGAAGAAGGCCUAGCCCACAAUCCAAACUUCGUCGAGCCUUUGGGCUUUGUCGUCUCGGUUUCCCUUUCUUCUUUCUUCUACCCCAAGACGAACUCGUUCACUCGUCCUGAACUCUUCCGGUUCCUCCCGUGUCCUCUAUAUACGACUCGCCUCGUCGCCCCGGUACCCGUUCCUCUAUCCUCGCGCAGCAUCGGAGCACAAGCGAGGAAUCCAGUCCAGCCCCAGCAAUGGAGUGCGUCUUGGGCUUGGUCGGCCGCGACUUCGCGGUGGUGGCGGCGGACACCUCCGCCGUGCAGAGCAUCCUCGUCCACAAGACGGACGAGGACAAGGUGAUGGUCCUCGAUUCGCACAAGCUGAUGGGCGCUUCGGGGGAGCCUGGCGACCGGGUGCAAUUCACGGAGUACAUACAGAAGAACCUCCACCUGUACCAGUUCCGCAACACCAUCCCGCUAUCCACCGCCGCCACCGCCAACUUCACCCGCGGCGAGCUUGCCACAGCCCUGCGGAAGAAUCCAUACAUGGUCAACGUUAUACUCGGUGGUUAUGAUAAGGAUGUUGGUGCUUCCCUGUACUACAUCGACUACAUUGCAACCCUACACAAGAUUGACAAAGGUGCCUUUGGGUACGGCUCCUAUUUCUGCUUGUCGCUGAUGGACAAGCUGUACCACCCGGACAUGACUCUUGAGGAGGCAGUGGAUCUUGUUGACAAGUGCAUUAAGGAGAUCCGCCUGCGGCUGGUCGUUGCUCCCCAGAACUUCGUGAUCAAGGUUGUGGACAAGGAUGGGGCGAGGGAGCUCGCGAGGCGUGAGCUCGUAGGCGACAGUGCAUCAGCGGAAGCUGCAGCAGCAACCACAGUGGCCGCCUGAGGCGUUAACCCGUUGGCAGUUGGACAUUGUUCAUUGUUUCUCAGCGCUGCUACUAUGUAAACCACAAGAUACUUUUGGGGUCCCAGAACUGUUUUUAUCAAUUCUAGCCCAGGCGUGUAACUCUGUUUCUGCACUUUUCAUGUCUCUGCUGAGUACAAGUAGUGCUUCCCGCUUUACAAUGCUGUGUGCCUCUGCCUGUGUGCUUGUUCUGAACACUGAAAUUAAUCCCAAAAAAAAUUAAUCUAA